CAUUCCUUCUUCUCGACUCUGUCCUGCUGCCUUUGAACAUCUUCGUCCAACAUCACCACCACCACAUCCUUUCCUUUCUCCCCACCUCCUACCACCGCCGCCCCGGGCCAAUUCCAGUCGCGAGUCUUGAGAUUUGCGCUGGUCUUGACCGUCCACUCCUUUUUACACCAAUUCUUCCCGCCGCCGAGCCUGAGGGCCGUACUGUGCCGACCGAUCGCAUUCGUGCUUCAGACUCGCGAAUUGCUUCGGUGCCAUCUUGUCUGCUCCCGCCAACAGCAGUUACCGUCCAUCGAUCCCCCAAGACCGACGAACUCGCUCGACCGCGCACUCUUUGCGGAGGCCUUUGGACCGAUAACACACUAGCAGCACCCGACCGUUCCUUGUCUCAACUCGACAGCAACCCCAUGUCACCUCUGUCUUUCUAGGGCGCCUCUCGAUUCUGGUGCCGCAGCGCGGCUGGGAGAGACCAUGGCAACCGCGGUCGGUUCCGACAUGCCGAUUUCCCCUAGGCUCGUCGUCUCGGCCCAUGCCGCGGACGGCGAUCUCGACGGAGAUACCACAAUCGACCAAAACUCGCCAUCGUCGCCUCGAUCGAACCCCCCGCCGAACCCGCACUUUGUCUUUCCUGCUAGGCCAGCCCCCUCUUCAGCCCCUUCCUCCUUCUCACGUGCAAGCGGCCGGAGACCAAAAUCACUGGUCGACUCCUUUCAACUGGGACCCCUCACGCAUGCUGAGCCCAACAGGCGAAAGUCUCUGUCUCCCGCCCUGCCCGACUUUUCCUUCAACCCUGGCGUUCGGCCUCCCGCUCCUGACCGUGCGCCCUCUCCAUCUCGGUCUCUUGCGCUCCCCGAUUUCAAGUUCAACCCGGGUUCCGGGCUUACAUCACCACCGCCCGUGCCAGAACAUCCGUUUUUGAGCCCGCCACUGUCCCCUCACUUACCACAGGCCCCAUCUUCUCCGCGAGCGAUCCCUACUCGCCCGGGCGGAGGGCACAGGCGCGGGGGUAGUGAAUUUGUGGGCGGCCAGAUUCGGAGUGGAGAUGCCAUCACUGUAUUGGGCACCAGCCCGACCAAAUCCGAGAGUGGGCUUGCGUCGCCUCAACUCAAGCCGGCGAACCCGCGCAGAGGGCAUGCGCAUAGACGAUCCGCCGCCAUCUCCAGUCAUGACCUUUCCAUGAUCCUGAAGCCAAUAAAUGCGCAGCCGCGUGGUAACAGCGCACCGAACAGUCCUGCGACAUUUGGGCGCGUUGACGACCAGCCGUUUCCUGAUUUGUCGUUGCAACAAACACCAGAGCCGAAAGAGUCGAGCGAUACCAAAAUUUCCUCCGAGGCCGCGGCAGAUGUUCUCCCAAAGAGUGCGGAGAGCGACGGCACGGAAACGAAAACCCCGUCCCGGCCUUCGACCCGAGCUCGUGUUGGAUUUUCCGACACGCUCGAGUUCAUUCCUCGACCUCUGUCCCUGGUUUCAAGCGACACGUCGAGUACUAUGACGGCCCGUCCGGGCCAUUCGCUUUCAGGCAGCAUCUCGUCCAUCAUUUCCCUGACGGGUUCUACCAGUUUGGAUAGGGAGGUUAGCGCCAUGGCCACAAGCCCUCCACGGCAGUCAACGGAUGCGCGGCCGAGCACUGCCGGAGCCAUUCUGGAACGAUCAAUGAGCCCGCCAGCCCCUGAAAGCGCGAGGUCCCCUCUUCGUCGCAACUCGAUCCCUCUUCUCAACGUCCCCUCCCUCGCUAUUCAAGCAGAUCCAAGCCUGGACACACCCAGCCCAAGCAAAGUGCCGAAGCGGUGGUCCUUCUUCGGUCUCGAGCCCUUCGUUGGAGCUACGUCGCCGACGCGCACCCGUCCGCUUAGUCCUAGCUCUUCUGAGCUAGCCAACAAGGUCGCCAAUUCGUCGUCUUCUGACGAACGCGAAGCUGGCCACUCGACUGAGCCGGAUGUUGACGUUCAGGGCAACCAGGAGGUGUCGCAUAAUGCCUCCAAGAAAAGCAACAAGAAGAAGAAGCAAAAGAAGGUCAGGACCUGGGCAGGCUCGAUACUUACACGCAAGUCAAAGCAUCGCCACGCCAGGAAGAGCUCCAGGAGUAGGGUCCAGACGCCGCCACCUCCAACCGAAGACCUGACCGACGAGGAUUCAGACGGCACCACCGAAUUGAACCUGGAAGCCCCUACUCAGGCGGAUGAGUCUCCCGCAGCAAACACUAUGGAAUGGCAGGCAAGACCGCCGACGCCGCCCGAGGACGAUGCUCCUUUCCCAAUGAUCGACCUGGAUGCUGCCCUGGGGCCUUUCAAUACGCCCCUCCCGAGGAACGCGGAGUGGGACGCGGCACAACGGGCAAGCGGGCUGGUCAAGCGCCCCCUGCACAGCGCCGCUCGGCUGUCACCCAACAUGGGCUAUCAGCACCGGCGAGCUGAAAGCGCGCCCGAGAUGCCUCCGUUUAACCGUGCCAGCAUCCCUCGAUUCAGCAGCAACUCGACCAUGGCUGAUGUGUUCGAAGAGGAUGAGGAGGACGAGGCCAAGGCCGCUGAGAAAGACAAGGGCUCCAGCUCUGUCAAGGGCGAUGGGCCAGCUCAUGACGUCGGCGCGGCGAGCAUAGAUAUCAGGGUCACUGCCGACGUACCACGCUCGCCUUUUGAUCGAGUCAUUGACCCCAACGAUGAUGCUGUUUCGUCGCGUGCGGUUAGCCGCAAAGGCAGUGGGCUGAGCGGGUUUAGCGACGAUGACAAGACGGAGCAAAGCAUGUGCCUCACGUCGGAGUACUCGGCCAGCUCGCUCCACGAUGAAAUCAUUAUGGAGGAGUCGGGGAGCCCCAAGUGGCACGGGCCUGACGGCAAUUAUUCCAUGAAAGGCGACACAUCUGGCUCGUCGACGCCUUCGCCGCGCCGGGCGUUCAAGGGGAAAGAUCUGGCUCCUGUGGAUGUCAGCCCUCUCCAUCUGCCGACUCCGUCUAUGGUGCCUGUGAGCCCAUACUCGAUCGGGCAGUCAUCUUCGUUCUCCUCGCCCAGGUCGCCCAUGUCGUACGAGGACGGGAACCGCAUCUCAACGGCGCCGUCGUCGGUGACGGAGGACAACUUUCAGUCGUUGCUGAUGGGGGAGCCUGGGCCCGAGGUGCGACUCUCGAUGGACAUUCCGUCACUUACUAGCAGUAACUCGACGAUGACUAGGGAGAGCGCCUUUGUGCACCACCUCUCACAGGCGCCAGUUCCAGGCGAGCGACCGGCCUCAUUCUCCUCGCCCUUUGGACGCAGAGGCAGUUUGGCGAGCAUUGGCCGCCUGAUCAGCACGUCACACGGGGAGCGUAGCAAGUUGUCGAUCGAGGUGUCACUCGAGGCUGAGGAGAAGAAGUCUAAGACAAGCAAGGCCAAGCGUCUCAGCCGUCUGAUGCAGUUCUGGAGGCCCAAGGAGAGCUCGGCCAAGGCGUGAGACCAGGGCGGCUCAUGAUCCACACUCGAGGCUCGACUGCCCUUUUCGACUUCCAUCCACGACCCAGUGCCAGAACUCCGGAUUCCGACAAGGUUACGACUCUAGUGCCGGCGACCCUUGCUCGGGCUAUUGAGAGGCGAGAUGGCAUGCUUGGCAGUCACCCAGCUGCCCUUGCUGCUAGCUCCAUAUGCUUUUGGCCUUGAUCCAUCCCUUCGUCGUUGGGCAAGAGGCCGCCGCAGGGUGCCGUUGGCCGACGUGAUGGGAUGUGGUUUACUCCUCGUUCCUUUUUCGUUCCCUUUUCCCCCUCAACAACGUUCCAUCAUAUGACUCUUCAUGGCUUUUGGGCGUUGGCACAUAUUAUUUUGUUAUCUCCUUUUCUUACACUCGUUCAUUGAUGACAGCAUGAGGAUAAAGCUUUGCAUGACAUCUCCCAAGACAUUUACGUCAUCCUCAUUUAAGCACACAAGACAAGACACCAAGGAGAUCAAGUCGGGAGAGGGAGGUUCGAUGGCGAGGCGGGUGUCGCGCGUUCUGUGCGGUGCCUGCCAUCGCUGGUAUGUCACUGGGUGCUGCUCGCAAGGUUCCUAGGCCACGCACAGGUUCUAUGGCGGCACGGGGGCGGGUGGGCCGGGAUAGGGGCAAGUACGGAGGGGGGCGCAAAAGUCGUGUCUGCUCUCUGGGCUCGUCUGGCUCGCGCCAGCGAUCCCUUGACAGAUUACGUUGCUCUUUAUUUGUCCCAGUGGGAGGAUCAUGGUGUUUUGGAAUUUUUUUAUGUUGAUUUCUUUCUCUCUUUCGUUAAUUAUACUUUUCUGUUUGUUCUUGCAGGGUUGGCUUCGAAGCUCUGUGGCCCCUACCUGGGAGUACCAGAACGGACACGAGCAGCCCUAGCAAAUGAAACAGCCGAAGAAACAAAAAAGCAAGAAAAAAAGGAAGAAAAGGGGUGAGGGAGGAGAGGAUGAGAUGGGGGGCAUGGAGGGGAUGCCGAGUCAAGUAACCAAGACCACUCUGCAAUACAUUUAUGCACAGUACGUAGACACCAUAAUAAUGAAGUUGGUCCGUUCCAAGGGCAGAACCAGCUGAGAGUGCACAUUGUGGC